UAGCGAGCCAGUUGUUUUUGGGAGAAGAAGAAAAGGGCUACAAGCGGAAGAAACACCGUAUUUGGUUUCGGAUAGUACUCGCUUUAUCAUCUCACCUAAGAUUUUGUAGUUUUUUUACACAUUUAAAAUAAUGUCAACCCCAGCAAGGAGACGGCUUAUGAGAGAUUUCAAAAGGCUUCAAGAAGAUCCUCCCACCGGUGUGAGCGGGGCACCAUCAGAGAACAAUAUCAUGCUUUGGAAUGCUGUUAUUUUUGGGCCGGUGGGAACGCCAUUUGAAGACGGAACAUUUAAGCUGCUGAUAGAGUUUUCAGAGGAGUACCCAAACAAGCCUCCCACAGUUCGCUUUGUCUCCAGAAUGUUUCACCCUAAUGUUUAUGCUGAUGGCAGUAUAUGUUUAGACAUCCUUCAGAAUCGCUGGAGCCCCACAUACGAUGUGUCGUCUAUACUCACCUCCAUCCAGUCGUUGCUGGAUGAGCCAAACCCCAACAGCCCGGCCAACAGCCAGGCCGCACAGCUCUAUCAGGAAAACAAGAGGGAGUACGAGAAGAGGGUGACGGCCAUCGUGGAGCAGAGCUGGGUGGACGUCUGACUCGUCUCACUCUCUUUAUGGCCCUCUCUACAUCAUCCCAGUCUCAUUUUUACCUCAUCAAGGAAAAAACAGCAACUAUAUCAGAAGAACUUAAGUGCCACCUAAAAAAAAAAACUCGCAGAGAACAACCAAACCAGAAUGCACAUUAACUUGCUUGCCAACACAUUUGAGGAAACAAGGGAGGGAAUCAAUCUUAUAUCUGUGUUUCUUAAUUUUACUUUUGUUAUUGCAUGAUGUGAAAUAAGUUAUUGCUAACAGAACUUGUAAUAUAUCUUUGUUUGGACUGAUACUGUUAGUGUUUGAGUUUUACAGAUAUUUUGUUUUGCCCUUUUGAAAUCUCUUGUUUUUUUUAAGUGUGCACAACUUGGCUGUUGAAAUGACCGUUUGGUGACCAAAUGAGCACAUUUUUAAAGUCACAGAAUAAGCCAGCAAGGCGCCUUUUGAGUGUUGGUUUUAGCUUUAAGCCAACCGCAGAUGCAGCUGAUAAAACAAACAGAUCUGGUUCUGUGUGUCUGUUAUUUUAAGACACUGUAAGUUUGGAUUUGCACGCGUCACAGGCUGCAACAGCAUCAAGUCUCUGUGCCACUGAUGACUCACAACUUACUGGCUACCAAGCGCCGAGCUUGUAAUCACUGCUGCUCCACGCUUGAGACUGUGAUAACAGAUAUUGGCAGUUGAAUGAAACACGGGGUAAGAGGUGGACUGUAGCUACUGAAGUGGGUGAGGAUUCUAGUUACAAAGGGGAAUUACAGAAAUAUGGAUUGUUUCACUGGCCUAUAAUAUUUGGCAGCUGUUCAAUCCUAGUUAACAGGACUGCAUAGCAUUGAUAAAUACUGGGUUCUGCAGCCUGUUCACUUCUAUUUCCCAUAAUGCCUACAAUUUGCAGAGUUGCAUUUAAGCUCAACUUAAGCACCCACAUGCUCCUCCAAUUUCCUUCACCACACAAAGAAACUGACUUUCAGAAGGCUUUGUCGCCUGUGACGUGUAUGCCUGAUUCAAGCUCCAGUGUUUUCUGAGCCAUCUCUAAAAAGCUGCUCUGUUCAGCGCCUAGACUGAAGUGUUAAUUAGUGGACUGACAGAACCAGCUGCUGCAGAGAACAGAAGGGCAUCAACUGUUUUCCCAACAGCUUAAGUUGUUUCCAUGCCUGUAUUUGUCUCCUAUUUUAUUUUAAUGUAUGUGUCCAAUUAAGAUGCCACUUGAAUCUAAAUUAAAUAUUUAACCAUGCCAAACAUCAGCUAAUUAAAUCAUGGAACAGUCAUCGAUAAACCAUAAAGUUGCUCUUUUCUGAAACGAUAAAGGUCAUAUUGUGGCUUGUGACUUAUUUCACCCAAGAAACAGAAGGGAUAUGUUAAAAUUUUGUGAAUUAAACAAAAAUGUAUACUUAUAACAAUAUGCUGUAUAAACAUAAUAAAACACAUUUUUCACACUUUC